GAGAACUGAGGUGAAAAAGACAUUGGAUAUCUCAAUAAAACCGCUCAAAGCUGGCUAGAAACGGAAGACCAAAGGAGGAAUCAGAAUACCAGGCUGACCAGUGAAGCUGCCUUCCGCCCAUUCAUGCACCCCAUUCUUCUCUUGCCCAGGCUGACCCCCUUCCUCGCCAUUGCAUCAAAUGCAGGUACAAUGCGUAGCAGUGCACACCACCAACCUAUCUCGCCUCGGCCAAUAUGCCGGAAUGCUAAUACUUACUCACGGGGCCCCAACUUAUCUGAGGUUUUAAUCCACUCCCCGCUUGACUCUCGCGUGCACAUAACCCUGGUUAGUCCUCGUCGCCCAACUUGUGUGCCUCGAACCAGCCGCCGGGCGGCCGUUUCCGAAGCUUCUUUGGCCUGCGCCGGCCGGCAUCCCUGUCCCGGUCUGUGCCAUUCCUGCUUGUCUCACUGUUGACAGGAGUAAAUAAUCGUAAUCUCGAAAAAAGGGCGGCCGAGAAUAGGGGUGAAGAUCUCGGCCGCGGCGGAGAGGAGUCUGGCAAUGUUGUUGUUGGGUAACCAG